ACGGCAGUACCAUGUGACCGCGCGUCGUCCCCAGCAGGGAGCAUCCGGAAGAGCAGAAGGUUGUAAGAUGGCUUUAGGAGACUGCUGGAAGCAGCUUUCCUGGUUCUACUACCAGUACCUCCUGGUCACGGCGCUCUACAUGCUGGAGCCAUGGGAGCGGACCAUCUUCAACUCCCUGCUGGUGUCAGUGGCCGCCAUGGCGGUCUACACCGGCUACGUCUUCAUCCCCCAGCACAUCAUGGCCAUCCUCACCUACUUCCAGCUGCUCCAGUGACCCCCUCUCCCUCGCUCUCCCCCCUCUCCCCCUCUCUCACCCAUGGAGGGUGUCGGUCGGUCGCCCUGGGUGUCCAGCUGGAUGCCGUGAAGACGCCGCUUUGUUUUCUUCCUUCCGUCUGUAACUCGGUGGUUCCACUGAAGGCUUGAGCUCCGCCGCCUGACGGAACUCUGCUCUCUGGUGGGAGGGGCCGGAGGAGGAGCCUCAGAUGAUUGACAGCCCCCUGCAGGGUUAUUGUUUUAUAAAUGUCGACGGGCCACGCCCACCUGCUCCUGAACUCUGCUUGGUUUGGACCGACCCACUGCAGACCCCCGUCUCCCCGGCCAAUGGUUUUUCCUCGUUGCGGGGGGGGGCGCGGAACUCCCUGACACUCCCCCGUCUCAGCCGGGACACGCCUUAGAGAUCCUUCUAGAGCCCGCUGUGCCUUUUCAAUAACCGGGUGUAGACAUUUUUCUAAGUGUUUCCUAAUUGGUUUGCUCCGGAAGUGUAAAUUCAUCACUACAUACCUUUAACGAUGUUAAUAAUAAACUGAGGUGAUUUCAACUUUUAAUAAAAGGGUUAUUUAACUUGA